UUGGACUAGUUAAACAGCCAAGUCAUGUUAGCCUGAGGUUAAAUUGUGUGUCAUGUUCUGGCAGCACUGAACAAGUUUUAUGAGAUUGUCAUGAGUUAAGUCAUUUCAGUUUUAAUUACAUCAUUGCAACACUUUUCUAUAUGAAGCUACAAGGUUUAACGAGGAGAGAUUUUUCAUGCUCACUCACUGUAACAUUCAUGACCCUUUUUUUUAAAUGUGACUGAAGUUUUCUUUUGCUGGGAUUAAUCGCUGCGUCUGUCACACUCUCCUCAUGUGAUGGUAACAUGAGGGGAGAUUAAUGUACGUAUGGACCCCACUGGCUCUCAGAUCUCUGAGUUUUUUUCCCCCAGGAUCAAGGACAUAUCGCUUUAUUUAGCUGCCUGAGGAAUGAGAGAUUUAUGCUUAAGAAAGUUGACCUCGAGCCGGUGCUACAUAGAAAAAUGUACAAGCUGAUGUGACUGCACCCAGCAGUACCACAGACAACCCUGGGACACCAAGGCAGGUACAUUAAUAAGCCUUCCUGGCCAGCAGAGUCGUCCGCCAUCAUGUCCCCAUCAGACUGUUGACAGCCUCCCUGACACUGCGCACGGGGAGCUAGCCGGAAGCUAGCUGGCUAGCAUGCGGCACUGGCCCGGCGUCUCCAGGAGGCGGCGCUGCUGAGAGGCGAGAGGUCGGAGCUGAGCGUGUGUCUGCCGAGCCGGCCAUGGAUGACUUCACCACCAGGACGUACGGCACCAGCGGCCUGGACAACAGACCUCUGUUCGGGGAGACCUCGGCACGGGAUCGAAUCAUCAACCUGGCGGUGGGGGGAUUUACGUCUGUGGUCGUUUUAGUGACUGUGAUCAGCUCGUUUGUGUUCCCCUCGCUGCCUCCACGACCGCUUAAUGUCUUCUUUGCCGUGUGCAUCCUGUUAGCCUGUGGAUCCACCAUAGUGCUGAUAUUCUGGUACCGGCAGGGCGAUCUGGAGCCUAAAUUCAGGAAUCUGAUCUACUACAUGCUGGCGUCCAUCGUGCUGCUGUGUCUAUGUGCCAACCUCUACUUCCACGAUGUCAGGUAAAGGCAGGGGCGAGGAAGAGGAGGAGGAGGAAGAAGAAGAAGAAGAAGGGAAGACAUGGCCUUGACAGACGGAAACACACAAGGGGACACGGAGAGAAAGACGGACCAACAGAGAAAGACCAAAACAAACUAAAAAACUCAUCACAAGCUAACUUGAAUGAAUUUCCCACCUGACUGCCAGCACGGCAGACUGGAGACUCUCGGACCAAAAAAAAAAAAACAAAAAACCAGUGAGACUUAAUGGUUCCAGUGGGAUGAAAACUGUCAGACUUGUUGGUGCUGAACACAUGAUGUCACAGUGUAGGAAUCAUGAUGAUGUGUGAGGAGGCCUGGAGACACACGGCUGGAGGAUGAACUGUGAGUCAAACAGGUGUGUUUACAUGCACAUAAAGUAUUUACAGGCACAACAACAACAAGCACUUAAGAACGAGUUCAGGAAAAAUCCGCCCUUCCGAUUAACUUUAUUUAUAUCUUUAAACAACUGUCAUAAAGAGAGGAUUACUAAAAUAUUAUACCAACAUCUUAAUCAUGUCACGUAAUCAAGACAUUACGAGCAACGCUGCCUUCAGAGUCUGGUUUUCACAAUCGUUCCGAACGUUCCUCCAAACUCGGAUAAGAGCGACCGGUAGAUCCUCAAACCUGCCGCCUGCUUGUAUAAAAGGUGCAUUCAGAGAGAUUCGUUAAAUCAGAAACUGUCACCACGUUCACAUGAACUGGACUCAGGCUGCAGCUAACGCGUUAUUUUCAUUGUCGAUACUUUUUCUCUGUUAAUCGAUCGGUUGUUUGGUUUAUAAAAUGGUGAAAAAUGUCGAUCAGUGUUUCCCAAAACACAAGAUGACGUCCUCAAAUGUCUU